CGCAAACAGCAAAUGACAGACAAUACCUUACUAUAUCUCCAAGAAAACUGAUUCGGUCGUCGAUCCCAAUUCUCUUUCUCUCUCUACACUUUCCCUCUCUACAAUGUCCAAACAGACUUACAAAGUCUGCUUCUGUUUCCGGCGACGGUUCCGGCUGGCCGCGGCUGAAGCUCCGGAUGCGAUCAAGGAGUUGUUCGAUCGCUACUCCGAGAAUGGAAUCAUGACCGCCGAUGACCUCCGCAGGUUCUUGGUUGAGGUUCAGAAGGAAGAUAAGGCCACUGAAGAGGAAGCUCAGGCCAUCAUGGAUAGCUUGAAGCACCUCAACAUCUUCCAUCGCCACAAGGGCCUCAAUCUCGAAGCUUUCUUCAAAUAUCUCUUCGGUGACACCAAUCUCCCUCUCUCUCCUUCUCUCGGGGUUCACCAUGAUAUGUCUGCUCCACUAUCUCAUUAUUUCAUAUACACUGGCCACAAUUCCUACCUUACUGGGAAUCAACUAAGUAGUGACUGCAGUGAUGUCCCCAUCAUUAAUGCACUGCAGAGAGGUGUAAGAGUGAUUGAAUUGGAUAUAUGGCCAAGUUCCACGAAAGAUAAUGUGGAUGUUCUUCAUGGGAGGACACUGACCACUCCUGUCGAACUCGCUAAAUGUUUGAGGUCUAUUAAGGAGCAUGCGUUUUCUGCAUCUGAAUAUCCUGUUGUAAUAACUUUAGAAGACCACCUUACUCCAGAUCUUCAAGCUAAAGUGGCUGAGAUGGUGACUCAAACAUUUGGAGACAUGCUGUUUACUCCUGGCUCAGAAUGCUUGAAGGAGUUCCCAUCACCUGAUAUGCUGAAAAAGCAUAUUAUUAUUUCAACCAAACCGCCCAAAGAAUAUCUCGAGGCCAAAGAAGUUAAGGUAAAAGAGAAUGAUCCACAGAAGGAAAAGGAUUCAGCUGAUGAAGAAGCUUGGGGGAAAGAAAUCCCAGAUGCUAAACCUAGUAUUGCUGAUAAAGAUAAGCAGGAUGAUUUGAAGGAAGAAGAAGACAAUGAGGAUGAGGAAGUUUUAGAUGAUGAAGAUCAUAAGUCAGAGCAGAACGUAGCACCUGCAUAUAAGCGUUUGAUUGCUAUUCAUGCUGGGAAGGGAAAGGGUGGAUUGGAUGAUUGGCUGAAGGUACUUCCUGAUAAAGUGAGACGACUUAGUUUAAGUGAACAAGAACUUGAAAAGGCCGUAGUAACUCAUGGAAAAGAAAUUGUCAGGUUUACCCAGCAGAAUAUGUUGAGAGUGUACCCAAAAGGUAUACGCUUUGACUCAUCCAAUUACAACCCACUGAUUGGGUGGAUGCAUGGAGCUCAGAUGGUUGCAUUCAAUAUGCAGGGAUAUGGAAGGUCGCUAUGGUUGAUGCAUGGAAUGUUCAAGGCCAAUGGUGGUUGUGGAUAUGUGAAAAAGCCUGAGUUCUUAUUAAAGGCUGGUUCACAUGGUGAGGUCUUUGAUCCUAAAGCUAAGUUACAGGUCAAGACAACUUUGAAGGUGACUGUAUAUAUGGGUGAAGGAUGGUAUUUUGAUUUCCAUCACACCCAUUUUGAUGCAUAUUCCCCUCCAGAUUUCUAUACUAGGGUAGGAAUUUCUGGAGUCCCUGCUGAUACCAUAAUGAAGAAAACGAAGGCGCUGGAGGACAAUUGGAUACCUACAUGGAAUGAGGAAUUUGAAUUCCCAUUAACAGUUCCGGAACUGGCUCUGCUUCGGAUUGAAGUUCACGAGUAUGACAUGUCUGAAAAGGAUGACUUCGGAGGCCAAACGUGCCUACCCGUGUCAGAGCUGAGAAGUGGAAUCCGAGCAAUUCCACUACACAAUCGCAAGGGAGAGAAGUAUCAAUCUGUAAAGCUUCUUAUGCGAUUCGAAUUUGUGUGACGUCAUUGUGAGCUUGAAUGAUGCAUAUUGAGAGCUUGUAUGUGAUUCUUCUCUCACUUCCUUUUGUGUCUAAUAUCUUUUCCUUUCUUCUCUCUUUUGUGUUCUCUAUUCUUUCUCUUUCGGUCUUCUAUUUUCCCUGGAAAGUUGUGUGAUAUCUCUAUACAAUAAAUAUGUUGUGCUAUUGAGGGGUGCUGUAAAUGUUUUACGUGCAGAACUUGUAAUGACAGUGUUGUAGAGUUGAUGCUGUUUCUGAGUAAAUACAAUGUGUUCUAUCAGUUUUCUUCUCA